AUGGCAUUUUCACCCCAGGGAACAGCAACGCCAUCAUCUGUGACCGAGCCAAAGAAACUGGUUGAUAAAGCCCUGCAUGCCCUUUCAGUAAUCAAUAAAAAAAGAUUGGAGAACCCUAGUUUCAACAAAUAUGAAUUUUACCAGCCACCUGCGUCGAUAAAGGCCCUGAAGCUCACAAAGCCCCCUUCCAUCCUUGACUUUGCUGAUUUUAUUGCAAACAACAACUCCAUAGCAAGGAGAGCCCCUACCGACUCUGCUGUUGUGAAAGCUGUCAAGAACAAAGACUUUACCUAUUAUAUUCCGACAGAGCUCGUUGAUGCCGCGCGGAUGGUAGCUGAAUCUAGCCCGGCUGGAAACCAUUUAGGGAACCAUAGUAUCAUCGCAGCUCAAAUUCAAGAGAAGUAUAGACUAAAAGGAAAUGACACAAACACUCCCCAGCAGUCUUAUCUCCAGCCGAAUGGAUUAGAGGGUUAUCUUUUGUCUCCGCGUGAUAUACAAGACCUAGAUCCCAAAUCUAAUGCGAUGUCAUCGUUUGAGAAACGGGCUGCUAAACAGCACUGGAUGACAACAAUACCCCAGCAAGGGUCAAGCCCAUUCGCACCAUCUGGGUACAAGAUAUUCAGGAACGUUAAAGAUUACGGAGCCAAAGGCGACGGGGUCACAGACGAUACUGCUGCCAUAAACAGGGCAAUAUCCGAAGGGAAUAGAUGUGGUGAAAACUGUGGCUCAAGUACGAUAUAUCCAGCUGUGGUAUAUUUCCCCUCCGGGACAUACCUGGUUAGCUCUCCGAUUAUCCAGUACUAUAACACUCAAUUUCUUGGUGAACCACAUGACUAUCCCACCAUUUUGGCCGCUUCUAGUUUUGUUGGAUUAGGAGUCUUUUCUUCUAACGUUUACAUCGAGGGUGGCAAUGGAAACUCUUGGUAUCUUAAUACGAAUAACUUCCUUCGAAGUAUAAAGAACUUCAAAAUGGAUAUUAGGCGAACUGAUCCAGGCGCAUAUGUCUGUGCAAUUCACUGGCAGGUUGCUCAAGGGACAUCACUAGAAAAUAUUGAGUUCUAUAUGAUGCAGGAUGAUACCACAACACAACAGGGGAUCUACAUGGAGAAUGGAAGUGGUGGGUUCCUUUCCAACCUUACGUUCGUGGGCGGAAAUCUCGGAGCUUAUUUCGGAAAUCAGCAAUUCACUACAUCACAUUUGAUUUUUGUUAACUGCAAAACAGCGCUGCAAGUUCACUGGGACUGGGCAUGGACAAUGCAGGAUAUUAUUAUUGAAUCGUGCAAGAAGGGCCUAGUAGUCAUUGGUGGGGCCGGUGGCCCUGGAAGUACUGGACAGGCAGUGGGCUCUCUGCUCCUUGUGGACUCAAUAAUUGCCAAUACUCCCGUUGGAAUCAGCACCUCACUAUCGGGUAGGAACUCAACGGCGCUUCUUGUACAGAAUACUGGCUUCUUUAACGUCCCUAAAGCCAUCACAGAAAACGUCAGCGGUGAUACUUUAUUACCUGGCGGCAAUGAAGUUUUGGUUGAUUCCUGGGGGUUUGGGCUAUAUGUUAACUCUACUCAAGCUGGAAAAUUUGUCAAUGGGCAGAAUAUUCCAGCAAUGGAUCGCUCAGUAUCUCUUUUAGGACCUACUGGCCACUAUAAGAAGAAUUUUUAUACCCGCCGACGCCCACAAUACUUAGAUAUUGGACAAAGCCAGAUUCUCGAUGUUAAGGCACUUGGAGCAAAAGGGGAUGGAAAGACGGACGAUACUGCAAUCCUUAACAGUAUUCUAUCUCGGGCGGGCAAUAUGUCUUCUAUUGUUUACUUCCCAUAUGGUAUCUACAUUAUUAAAAAUACCUUACACAUUCCGGUUGGCUCAAGGAUCGUUGGCCAGGUAUGGCCUCAGAUAAUGGCCACUGGACCUCAAUUUUCAAAUGAAAAGAGUCCAAAAGUUGCAAUAGAAGUCGGGAAGCCUGGGGAUAGUGGUAUUGUUGAGAUUCAAGAUAUGAUGUUCACUGUAUCUGGUCCAACUGCUGGAGCUGUAUUGAUGGAGUGGAACGUUCGGGAAAGCUUUCAGGGCUCUGCAGCUAUGUGGGACUCGCACUUCCGAAUUGGUGGAGCCACUGGUUCCAAGCUUCAGAGUAAAGAAUGCCCCAAACUAACAGGAAAAGUCAACGAUUCUUGCAAAGCAGCCUCUCUACUUUUGCAUCUUACCUCUCAAUCGUCUGCGUAUCUUGAAAAUUUAUGGGCUUGGGUUGCCGAUCACGAUCUGGAUGUGGCUUCUCAAGACCAAAUUGACAUCUAUGCGGGCCGAGGCAUAUUAAUCGAAAGCAAAGGGCCAACCUGGCUAUAUGGAACAGCCUCUGAACACAGCGUACUGUACCAGUACCAGGUUUCAAGUGCUAAAGAUUUGCUUCUAGGCAUGAUUCAGACUGAGUCACCAUAUUUCCAACCAGCUCCAAAAGCACCAAGCCCCUUUACUACGGGCCUUUUCCCAAACGACCCUCUAUUCAAGGAAUGCAAGGCCAACUCCAGGACCUGCGCCUCUUCCUGGGCACUGCGUGUCAUCGAUAGCGUCUCAGUGUAUUCCCUAGGUGCUGGACUGUAUAGUUGGUUCUCAAACUACAAUCAAGAUUGUGUAAAAACAGAGAACUGCCAGGACCGUGGAAUUGAGAUUGAAGAAAGCGUUGAUAUCUGGUUUUUCAACCUUGUGACCAAGGCUAUCAUUGAGAUGGUUACUCCAAAGGGUAUUCGACCUACUUAUGCUGCGGAGAAUAAAAAUGGUUAUACCUCAUCCCUCUUGGCAUGGGUGAGGGAUAAGAACACUACGAUUGGAGAACGACUAUUUGCGGGGUUCCAUCUAUAUGAAAAUGCAACGUUACCAGAUAUCACCAAAACUUGCAAAACGGCACUCACUCAGCGCAUUGAUUGCCACUCAUUUUACCAGGAAUGGGUAAGGCCAAUUUACCACGGGACAUUCCAUGAUGGGGAAUUCACUCAAUACUUAUGUGAUGAGGGAUGUAAGAAGAGUUUGGAGAAUUGGUUUGGAACCGUUGAAUUGGCUUGUGCGGGCCAAAAUAUUACCGGGACGCUCCCAACGCUUUUGGGUGGAUAUCUUUAUCAGGGAUACAAUGAAACCUGCCUUAAAGAUACUGCCACUGGGAAAUACUGUAACGAGAUCAUUGAUGGUUUUUCCACUGUCUCUAGCAUUCAUGAGAUGCCAACAGAUGAGCUAUGCUCGUACUGUCAUAUCAAAAGGAAUGAGAUUAUGCAGUCCAGCUCCUACUCUGUUUAUAAUGAAUAUUAUCAGGAGGUGAUUCAGGUCAUUAACCAGAAAUGCGGCUUAUCCCUGCCUAGCGAUUUUCCUCCCUCGCCAGUUCUCAGGCCAUCGCCGCCGCCACCAUUUUGCGUAUCAGAGAAUAAGUAUACGACACUGAAUGGAGAUACAUGCGAGUCAAUUGCUUUGGUAAAAAGCAUAUCGUCUGCUGGCUUAAUUGCUGCGAAUUCUGAUGCUAUCCAUAAUUGCGCCAGACAAUUACCAGCCGGUCUAGAGCUAUGUCUUCCUCUCACCUGCGAGAAGACGUAUGAAUUACAACCCUCCGACACUUGUUCCUCAAUUGAAUACUCCAAAUUGCUAAGGUUGGGGGGGCUCCGAGCUUACAAUAGCUGGAUAAACAUGGAUUGCACCAACCUUCAUCUUGCAAGCGAGGUACUGGGUAAAGUUCUCUGCCUUGCCCCUCAAGCAGGAACAUAUACCCCGACUAGUGUAAUGCCAGGAGCCACUCCUACACCAGGAUCGGGAUACGCCACGAGGGUUAUUCCACCCCCAGAAAAUGCCACAAUUGCUACUGGUACCACACUAAAUUGUGGAAAGUGGUAUACAGCUGCUCAGGAGGACACUUGUGCCACUAUAUGUAUUAGCCAACUCAUACCCGCACAUUUGUUCUGGGAAGUCAACCCUUCAUUGUCAACUACUGAUUGCAAUUCCAGUAUCAAAGUCAAAACGACAUACUGCGUUGCGCCCGUAUCUGAUUGGAAAAGCCGGCCUUCAAACACAGUUAUACCCCCAGCUACAUCUUCGACAACAUCCCUUGUGCAGUAG